AUGGAUUUUGAGACCGAAGAACAGCGGGCUUACACUCCCCCAACGUUCACGAUCGACCUCUCACAGCCCAGAAGACCGCUACAAAGCUUUAGCCGAGGCGUAUAAGGAGCAGCUUGUUCGGUGAUCUUGGGCUUCCAGCUCGUUACCAUGGCCCUAUCAACCAUGCCGCCUGGCUUCUCCUCAGGGGCGUGUACUCGCCGGUUGAAAAUGCAGAGCUGCGGGAGAUUGCCAACAUGACCAGAGUACCCUUUCAUGCCAUUGUGGAUCUCCUGAUGGGUUGCACUUUUGGCGCUGUCAAGGCUCUACGGCCGGGAUAGCCCAAGAACAGAUCGAGAAUGCUAGACUUUCGAACAUUGGACUGGAAGAUGGAUUCUCUCAGGUCGAUCAUCGUGCAGCUUGAUUUUAUCCGAAGCAAACCUUCAGAUCCUUCCCCAGUUCUUGCUAGCAGCAUCACGUUCGUCAGUUUUGUCGGGUUCUUAACCUCUGUUCGUCCGAGGUUGAGCCUGUCUCUGAGUUUCCGGGGUGUCCAUAACGCCACAACCAGGCAAGAGCAUUUCAAAUUCUACUUCCAUCAUCUGCUUGUUUUACUAGGCUAUCGCCAGUCAGUAUCUAGAGGUUAUUUCAUCUCUGAGAAUGACGAUGAAAACGAGCCCAAGACGCUUGCAGAUAUUGCCGAAGAGUUGGUCUCACGGUGUCCGACAGCCGCUUACCUGACCUUUAGUGACGGCAUA